UGUUUGAUGCAAGCUUUUUUUUUGUUGCUCUUCUUCGGCUGCUGGUUUGGGGAGAGUUGGUUGAUGAGUGAUGAGACUCAACGUCGGAAUCGGUGGACUCAAAGCUUGCUUGUGUUAGCAUAAUGUCGCUAUUUAAAAAAAAUCCCACACAUUGGAGAUCUGGUCCGAGUGUCAGCCUUUUUCCUGCUUGGCGUCCAGACCGUAGUCGGGGAGAUGUGCUCUCGCUUUCUCCAGGGCCGAAGUGUUGUCUCGCUGCGGGACUAAACCUGUUUACUAUCUCAACAGCGCAGCGAGGGUGGAGGAGGAGGAGAUCCUUAUCAGUGACGAUGAGGAGGCUGCGGUUCGCGCGGAAGACGAGAUGUUGGCCUUGAGUCUGCAGGCCCAGUUCGACCAAGAGGAGGCUCACAGCAGACCCCAGCACGACCACCAUCAUCAUCACAGCCACAACAGGGCUCUUCUGGAGUUUGAGGAACAUCUCAGCUCCGUCAUGUCCAACCAGUUGACUUGGAGGGAAAGAUUUCCCACCAAAACCUUUGAGUCUGCCACCAGCGUCGGGACAACCCAGUGUCAGAUCUGCUUCUGUGACUACACUGCCAGGGAGAAGCUGAGGGUGUUGCCAUGUUUUCAUGACUACCACGUCCCAUGUAUUGACCGAUGGUUAAUGGAUAAUAGCACCUGUCCGAUCUGCAGAGUGAACCUGGCUGACUGACUCCCUUGCCCUCCUGACCCUCUGACCUCUGCAGGCGUUUGUAGUGCUAGCUGGCUGUUCAUUAAGUUCAUCUUAGUUCAUUUCCUGUUUUAUUUUGAAAUACAUUUCCUGUGCUCCUUUGUUAACUUCACGUAACCUGUGUUUCCCUGUGAUUGUCUGCACCUGUUCCUAAUGUGUCUUAUUACCUCUGCCUUCUUGUGUAUAUAGGGUGUGGCGGAAAUGUCCUUCCUGUCUACUUUUCCUUGCCCUAGGGGGAAACGUCAUGAGGUCAAGGAAAGGUGUAAAGGAGGACUGACAGGACUUAGGAAAAGCCGACAGGGCUGCUCAGAGAAUGCGACUAGACUUUCACUAUACCACGUCAUCAUGCGACAGCGGAUGUUAUUGACGUGUGUCUGCCGAGGUGAAACUACAAAUUCCGAAGACGGACUACAAAAAACGCGGCGGCUCCAUCCAUCAUGUUUCAGUGUGUUUUACCACCGUGUGACAUCAGAUGUAAA